AUGCCCACGGCGGGCGCUCUAAGGGCCAAAUUCCGCCGGCGGCGCAGCCCCGCGGAGGACAAGGUCUCCAUCCUCGAGCGGGCGGAACAGCGGGAAGUAGAGGCCCCGAGGGCUCCCGAGGACCACCCUGAAGAAGAGGUUGGCUGCGCCUCCAAAACAGUGGCGUUUGCCGCCCUCCCGGACAAGUACCAGCCUCUCGCUUGGGACGGCGAGCAGCCGCCGCCGCCGCCACGGAAAACGGAGCGCGCAAGUAAGGCGCGCAAGAGGAGACUUAAGAAAUACGGCAAGAAUGUGGGCAAAGUGUUGCAGAAAGGAUGCAGCUAUUUGGUCCUUGGCCUCCAGGGUUUGGCCAGAGCCUAUUCUUCACCACUUGGCUUGCCUGUUUGGACGGGUACAUCAGUGCGAUAGAUCUUACUACUUUUUGAGGCGGACAAGGACAACGAAGACAACAAAAACACAAUUGAGGACAGUAGCCACUUCUCCUUUGCUCCAAUACACCUCAUCUUCUUUAAAUGCCCCAAUUUGUCAAAGGAGGAAUAAGGAAAA